AUGCGCAAUAUGUCUAUUCAGAAGGGACUAGUGAAGAAUGUGAGUCUUAUUGUACAACAAUUACACCACCGCUAUGUUGAGGUUCGAGUCAUCAACAACAGGACAGGUCAACUUGGAGAUACUCAAUGCAUCCCUCGCAUCCGCUUCAAAUUCACACCCCCAUGUACAAGUUGGACUGUUCAUCAUCUCCAGUUUCCCCUCCAUCUUGCAUAUGCAACCCCUUUCAAUGGUUGCCAAGGUCUCACCCUUGACAAGACCAUUCUUGACCUUCGCUGCAAUGUCUUCACACAUGGUCAACUGUACACAGCCCUUUCACGGAUAUGUCAACGACAGGACUCGCACAUCCUAUUGCCGGAAGACAAAACAAAUGUUGGUUCCAAGAUGUUGAAUGUUGUUUAUAAAGAAUUGUUAUUAGAAACAAAUUAG